AUGACCAACAUCACCAACACCAACGGCACCACUCCCACACCUCUCCCCGCAGCCAAAACUGCACCCUUGAACGGCCACAGCCACGUUGACGACUCCCCCCUCUUCUCUUCCUCCCUCAUCUCCCCAGACGUGCUUGCUGCCCUUCCGCAAGACUACAUCAUUCGUCCUAUCCGCCGCUCUGACUUCCACCGCGGCUACCUCGACGUCCUGCGCGUGCUGACCACUGUCGGCGACAUCUCUGAGGAGCAGUGGAACCAGCGCUAUGACUGGAUCUCCGCCCGCAACGACGAGUACUACCUCCUGGUCAUCUGUGAUGGUGAAGGCCGCGUCGUCGGCACCGGCAGCUUGAUUGUCGAGCGCAAGUUCAUCCACUCCCUCGGCUUGGUCGGCCACAUCGAGGAUAUUGCCGUCGAAAAGGGGCAACAGGGGAAGAAGCUGGGCCUGCGGAUUAUUCAGGCGCUGGAUUAUGUCGCUGAGCAUGUGGGUUGCUAUAAGACGAUCCUGGAUUGCUCCGAAAUCAACGAGGGCUUCUACAUCAAGUGUGGGUUUAAGCGCGCUGGGCUAGAAAUGGCCCACUACUACUAG